AUGGCACCAUUCAAGGCUUUGUAUGGUCGGAGGUGUAGGACUCCUCUAUGUUGGUCCGAUAUAGAGGAGAAGAAGAACUUCGGUCCAGAGUUGGCUGGUUCUGAUCGAGAGAAGUCUUACGCUAACUUGAGACGUAGAGACAUCAAGUAUCAGGUUGGUGAUAAGGUAUUUCUGAAGGUUUUAUCGUGGAAGAAAGUUCUAAGGUUUGGGCAAAAAGGUAAGCUCAGUCCGAGAUUCAUUGGCCCUUAUGAGGUUGCCAAGCAGAUUAGACCGGAUGCUUAUCAUUUGUUGUUGAUGUCUGAGCUAGAGCGUAUUCAUGACAUCUUACAUGUCUCCAUGUUGCGGAAGUACAAGUCUGAUCCUUCUCAUGUUGUUCUUGUUGAGGAGAUCGAGGUUCAAUCUGAUCUUUCAUACAAGGAGGAACCGGUUGUGAUCCUAGAUCGAGAGGUCAAGGCGCUGUGCAAUAAGACAGUUCUGUUAGUGAAAGUUUUAUGGCAAAACCACAAGACUGAAGAAGCCACUUAG